AUGGCUGCUACUCAAGUGCAGGCAAUCCUCCGGUUCCUUUCUCAAGACGCCAAAGUGCCGUUGGCGACCGCAAUGGGAAAAGCCAACGAUCUUAUCAAGGCCGAUCUCACAACACCUGAAAGUAUAUCCAAGGGAGAACUCCAGACGCUACAGGGGAUAUUCAAAGACGACAAGAUCGCAAAGCAAGUGCUUAACGCCGCUAAGAAUAUAUCUAAGAAACGCGCUGCGCCAACAGAAACCACAAAAGCCUCCCCUCAAAAGAAGUCUAAAGCUUCCUCGCAAGCUGAUGAUACUACAACCCCAUUCGCCACUGAAAAGGCACUGGCUCUUCCCGUUUCGUCUGCCAGCGAAGAAGAGCUCUCAAACAUCGUAUUGCUCACAAAUAGGGCACCACUAGUGCUUGCCUUUGCAGUUUGUGUCUUGAAGUACACAAUGCCUGAGCAACCGAUAUCGAGUAGGCUCAGCCUGGCUCAGGCUGUCGUCAGCGCCAAUAGCCGCUCAAAAGCUGUCAGUUUGGGCCUUGAGAGUGGACAGCCCGCUGAACAGGAAGGCUGGGGCGAAGGUCAACCUGUGAUUAGGGUCUUGGGUAGGGAUGUCAAGGUACUAAAAAGGUGGGAUUACGAUCCUCGAGAGGGGCAGUCGCAGUCUACACAGCGGUCUCAGAAUCGAGAGGUUGUACCUGAUGAUAUACUAGGCCAACAUCCUCCGGGCGGCUCUGAGUCUUCGCCGCCACUUUGGGGCGUUGAUACCGAAGCAUUAAAACGCCCGCAAUCAGGUCGUUCCGAUGCAGCUAUUACAUCGGAGAAGACGCUCCCGAUACAUACUCCGCAGUCAGCACGCUCAUAUCUGUUGAGAUCAUUCGUAAGAACGCCUAGUGGGAACAACGAAAAUCAGAUUCCGUCCAAAAAAAAGAGCAAUGUACUGGUCGAGGCAGAAAAGACAGACUGCUUGAGCCAGCUUUUGCAAUGCAUUGACUUGGUGUGUCGAUCAUGGGCGUCCGCUUUGAGUGUGGACGAACUGGAUGGACGUGCUUGGGCUUGGUACGUCCGUGUUAGACCUUCUGUCCAAAGUGGGAUAGGAGGAUGGGGAGAGAAAGGAGCUGUGAAACUGUCGGAGAUCCUGGCCUUGAAGAGGCACUCGUAA